UUCUGAGUCGGGCCUGGUCGGGACAGGUGGGUGAGAGCGUCAUGACGCCGUGGGGACCCGCGAACGUGAUCUGGUUGGCCGUCAACGAGAGCAGUCCUGGGAGCCUCUUGCUACAAUUGUGCGAGUUACUGGCUACCACUCCGCUACAAGGCCUUGUGUUUGAGGAAGAGAAGCCACCACCGCCCAAUCGGGCACCGUUAGCACCUAUGCUGGAAUUUGUCUCGGCCCAGACGGGAGUGCCUGUGAUUGCUGUAGGAGGAGGGGCUGGCUUGGGGAGGGAGCCACAGGAGAGCGGCUCCGUCUACUUGCAGUUCUCGUGCUCCACUGGCCUGCAGCUGGAGGUCAUUUUUGAAGUUCUGGAGGAGUUUGAUUGGACGGCUUUUUCUGUGGUUACCACACGCCACCACGGCUAUGAGGACUUCCUGGCCAUGGUAGAGGGCAUGAUAGAUGGCUCCUUCAUCGGCUGGGAGAGAAAGAGCGUGGUGAUGCUCAACCUGACUGAUGACCCGGGAGGGGCUCGCACACGCAGGCUGCUAAAGGAGAAUGAAGCACAGGUGCGACUGCUAUAUUGCUCACAGGAAGAGGCGGAGCACAUUUUUAGGGCUGCAUGGGCAUCAGGGCAGGCUACUCCCUCACAUAUGUGGUUUGCGGUGGGCCCAGGUCUGUCUGGACUCGGUCUUGAGGGUUUACCCAAGGCUCUGUUCGCUGUGCGACCACAGGGAUGGAGGGACGAGCCACGGCGGCGAAUUGCAAAGGGUGUGUCGGUACUGACACACGGUGCUAUGGCUUUACGUAGGGAGUACGCUGGGGCCCGAGGGACAAGCUUCGCUGGGAACUGCGUGAUGGAUGGAAAUCAAACACAGAGGGUACCAGACAGAAUCAGGUUCUUCAGUAACAUAACUCUAUCCGGACGGGACUAUUCCUUUAAUAAUGACGGUUAUCUGGCAAAUCCACUCCUGGAUGUUAUCUCCUACACUGCAGGAAGAGGCUGGGAGGAGGUAGGUUGGUGGGAAAAUGGAGUGCUGCGCCUGCGUUACCCGCCCUGGUCCCGUUAUGGCCCGUUUCUCAAACCUCUGGAUGACUCCCAGCACUUGCGUGUGGUUACUCUGGAGGAGAGGCCAUUCGUCAUCGUAGAGCCUGCUGAUCCUGGAACGGGCUCCUGCAUCAGAGACUCUGUGCCGUGCCGUCUGCCGCUCAACAACAGCAUGGUUGUUGAGGGCAUUCAAUCCAUGAAGCACUGCUGCAAAGGCUUCUGUAUUGAUGUUCUCAAGCGCCUGGCUAAAAUAGUGGGCUUCACCUAUGACCUCUAUCUGGUGACCAAUGGCAGGCAUGGAAAGAACAUAGAUGGAGAGUGGAAUGGAAUGGUCGGGGAGGUGGUGUCCAAGCGGGCCGACAUGGCGAUCGGCUCCCUGACUAUUAAUGAAGAGAGGUCGGAGGUUGUGGAGUUCUCUGUUCCGUUUGUGGAGACUGGCAUCAGUGUCAUGGUCUCUCGUAGCAAUGGCACGGUGUCACCAUCUGCUUUCCUUGAGCCAUACAGCCCAGCUGUGUGGGUGAUGAUGUUCGUCAUGUGCCUGUCUGUGGUAGCUGUGACCGUCUUCAUAUUCGAGUUCUUCAGCCCUGUCGGAUAUAACCGAAGCUUACAGAGUGGGAAGAAGGCAGGAGGUUCAAAGUUCACCAUAGGGAAGUCUAUCUGGCUGCUCUGGGCUCUGGUGUUUAAUAACUCUGUUCCGGUGGAAAACCCACGAGGCACCACCAGUAAGAUAAUGGUGUUGGUCUGGGCUUUCUUUGCUGUCAUCUUCCUGGCCAGCUACACUGCUAACCUGGCUGCUUUCAUGAUUCAAGAAGAGUACAUCGAUACGGUGUCUGGCCUCAGUGACAAGAAGUUUCAGCAGCCUACAGAGCAGUAUCCUCCCUUACGCUUCGGCACCGUCCCAAACGGGAGUACUGAGGAAAAUAUACGGAGCAAUUACCCCAACAUGCAUCAGUACAUGGUGCGGAACAAUCAGAGAGGAGUGGAAGAGGCCAUCGACAACCUUAAAACCGGGAAACUGGAUGCAUUCAUAUAUGAUGCGGCUGUCCUGAACUACAUGGCUCGUAAGGACGAGGGUUGCAAAGUAAUGACCAUCGGCUCUGGCAAAGUAUUCGCAACAACAGGAUAUGGCAUUGCCUUACACAAAAACUCCCGCUGGAAGCGGCCACUAGACCUUGCCCUCCUGCAGUUAGUUGGAGACGAUGAGAUUGACAUGCUUGAACGACUCUGGCUGUCUGGGAUCUGCCAUAAUGAUAAGAUUGAGGUGAUGAGUUCCAAACUGGACAUAGACAAUAUGGCAGGAGUCUUUUAUAUGCUUCUAGUUGCGAUGGGCCUAAGUCUGCUGGUGUUCGCAUGGGAGCAUCUUGUCUAUUGGAAGCUCCGCCACUGUUUGGGCCGCUCUGGAGGAUUGGACUUCCUACUGGCUUUUAGUCGGGGAAUGUACAGCUGCUGCAAUUUUGAGGAUGAAACAGCUCCUGGAGGUUCCCAAAGCACACUUCCUCAGUAUCAUCAUGUCUCCACAGUUCCUCCUCCUCCUCCGCCUCAUGUUAUCUCUACAGCCAUGCCCAAUCCCCCCAUCGCUAUGGCACAACAACAACAACAGCAGCAGCAACAACAAAAGCAACACCACCAGCAGCCACCACCGGUAUACAGUGCUCUUCUGCCUGGCUCUCCUCCUUCAGGUGGACAUUCCGGAAUGGCUCUAGGGCCAUCAAACAGUCCCAUUCUUGGAGCACCCAUGCCUUGCUCUACAUUCCUACCACGGCAUGAUCGUCGAUUAGCUGUAGUGGAUCGGUGGACACGUCCAAAGGUGGGCCCUGAGAAGCCUGGCGGUGUAAGCAGUGGGAUAACAGACUUAUCUCAAUUCCAAGGCAUGCCCCCACACUGGGGUCCAGGAAUAAGUGGAGGAGAGGGGGGUCUGGAUGAGUACAAGAGAUACUACGGCCCAAUUGAUCCAGAAGGCUUAGGGGUCUCUGCUGAACCUCAAAACGUAGGCACCCAAACUCCAAAAGCUAAGCAUCGAGGGACAAAAUCCACUGGAAACCCGCGGUUACCUCCUAAAGGUCAAGCCUCUGGACACUUACCAAUUAACCCUGCUUUGCAACAUCCCUCUCCACCUCAGCAAUCUAUGUGGAGGAGAAGCAGCUUCUCAAAAAGGAAGGGCUCAGGGGGACCACUCUACGAAAACAUCCUUCCACUCGGAAGGAGAGGUGGUGGCAGAUAUGGAAUGAGAGAUGGCGGUGGGAGAAGAGGACGUCGUCCUCCUCCCCUUCCUCUGCCUAUACCUGUGCCCCUCUCUUCCCCAACACAGACUCCGCCUUCACCUUCUCCAUCCAUAUGCUACACAUCCACUUCCUCCAGCAGCUCCAGCACCUCCAGUUCAUCCUCUUCUUCAGAAUCAGUCUCCCGAUCCAAUUCUCCUUCUUCUUCAUCCUCGUACACAUCAUCACAGAGCUUUAGAUAUCGUGCAGAUGUACGAGAUGUGUACGAGGAAUAUGACACAGAUGAGCUAACGGAGGAGUCAAGCUUGCUUUUAGGGAGGAGAAAAAGUCGUUCACGUAUGUCCUCUCGAUCCCUGCCCAGCAGUCCUCCGCCACCACCUAUACCACCCCGCAAACCUUGCGGACAGAGGGCGCAGGUGAGAGACAGAGCAGGCAGCCAGAUUGCACAACUUCAAGAGUGGUGGGCCUCUUGGGGAGAGAAAGAAAAGGGUAGAAGAGCAGCAGGAGAUAGAGAUGUUAAGGAGGAGAAGCGACAUCAUAAAGAAAGGGAAAGAGAGAGAAAGAGGAGAAAGAAGGGUAGAAAGAAAAAAAAGAGAGAAGAACGUGAAAGAGAGAGGGAGCGUAAAAGACGUAAGGUGAAAAAGAAAAAGAAAAAAGAGGAGAAAUCGAGAAGAAGGGAGAGGGAAAAACGAUCUGAACAAGAGGAGGUAGAUAUGGACAGGAAAGAUGUUUUUGAAAAAGGAAUAGUACAGGAAUACUCUUCCUAUCCUGCACUGAGGCGAAGCUCUUUCCGGAAAAAGAGUGAAAGCUCUACUAGGAGUUAUGAGUGGGAUAUUAUCAGAGAUGGAGUUAAGAGAGAUAGGGAUGAUCAAGGUGGAGAAGAUGAAGAAGGCAGUAGAGGAAAAGAAAGGCAUCAGAGAAGCCCAAAAUCGCAACGCCAGUCCAGGCCAAGGUCCAACAACAAGCAUUUUUCUAGCUCAAACAAGCCUCCUUCAACCGUCAAAUUUUGGAGUAGCGGGAACCCAACUUCCGAUUCGCCAUCGUCUUUUGUACCCUUGCUUCCCAUAUCUAAAAGACGAAAGUCAGUAGGAACUGAGAGAGAUGAGCGAGGAAGAGGUGGAGAGAGUCGACCCCUUUUGGGAAAAAACAAGAGAGUCAAGCCUUGCUCGAGAGAAGGCCUGUCAUUUCACGAAUGGGAUUCCGAGGAAGAAGAAGACGAGGAGUCUGAAGUGGAAAGAAGUAGGCCAGAAGAACAGGGGCGACGGCGAGAAAGCAGAGGAAUGGACUCUGAAUCCGAAAGGGACAGAGAAAAAACUGUUGAGAUAUACACAGACGAUGAAGGUUCCUCAGGAGAGUUUGGUAAGUUUGAAAGAUAUUGGGAGGGUCACGAAGGAAGGGCAGUUGGAGGCAUUGGAGGAGGAGGAUGGUUUUUUGGCACCUACCCUGCCAGAGAAAGGGGAGGAAGUAUAAACAGUAGAGAUGACUCCUUUUUGGGGUGGGGUGGUGGAGAAGGUAGCUUCGGUUUUGGAGCAGGAGCAGGGUGGGGAUCAGGAGGCUUAGGAUCAAACCAGUGGCCUCCAACUCCAUUGACUCCCCCACCUCCUCGAAGAUACUGGUCUGUUGAUAAAUUACCAGUGAAGACUGAAAAGAAAUCUAAAAGCAGGUCUCAAGAGAAGAGCCGAGCCCACACGUCCUGUUCCUGCCAGUCGCCCCAUCACUCUGCCAGCACUCACUCCAAAUGGAAUCGGGUGACUUCUAGGAGUCAGGAGGAGCUACUCCCACACUGCCACAGUUUCAGCAGCAGCGUGAGACCCAAACGGCAAUCAUCUAAACCAGAUCGGGCUCAGAGCCAGGCGAAAUCUGGGAGCCAAUCCAACCUCAGUGCACAAAGACCACAGCGCUCAGACCGGUCCCGACAACAGCCAUCCCCUCCUCAGAGUCUACCGCCAUCUUUACCCCCUCCAAUGGUCCCUGCACUCCCAGCCCCACCCUCUUCCUCUCACCAUAUACAUGUACCCCCACCUACCUCCUCUUCAUCAGUUUCCUCCCCUUCGGUUGUCUCAUCUACACCUGGUGCCCCACAGCCCUCCUCUUUAUCCUCCUCUAGUGCUAAGCUCCAGUACCAGAAACUACGAUCGGUUCCCCAACCCCAAAGGUAUCAGUCCCCACAUCUUCCCCUCAAAACCAAGAGCCUCUGCUCUCGUCGAGGCUCUGCCCACUUCUCCAGUGUGGAAAGUGAGGUCUGAGGAACAUAAAUAAAUGAGGAACAUCAGCAAGUAGCCCCUAGGGGCGAUCAAAUCACCUGCUCAUGCCACAAACUGUUAACUGUUCAUAGCAGUCGAGUUGGGUUGUUUUCGCUGGCACCCAUCUCUUGCACAAAGCUCUAAUGCUCAGAGACAAACCUGGAUUGGGAUGUCACAUAAAUUGUAGCCCUUUCUCUUUACUUGUGUAAGAAUGGAAUACUGCCAUGCUGACAAAUCUUGUCGAUGUUAGCAAGGCUGUUUGUAUGGGAUUGGCUUUGCUUUUCUUACUUCUUGAGGGCUUGAAGGUGGAGCAUCAAUAAUGUGGGUAAAUGUGAUUUUUCUUGGAGUGUUUUGCUGCUCGAUGGCUCAGGAACGAUUUUUUGAAGGGAGAUUCUAAGGUCAAAUACAAAGCCCUAACACCCCACACCCAUCGUUUUUUUUUUUUUUUUCUUUUGCUCUCAGAGCUCUGAAUCAUGAUGUGAUUGUUGUGUAUAUUUGUUCAAAAUAUCUCAAGGGAAGCAUUCACAAAGGAAAGUAGCAAACCAUUUUCCUCUUCUCAGAGCAUUUUUCUUGACCUCCACCUUCUGCAAACUGACAUCUACCAUUCUGUGUGUUGUUGUCAGUGUUUGUAUUCCUAGCAACAGGGUAAGUUAGCCAUGACUGAUCACAUAUUGGCUUACUGAAGCUGAAUGCCAAACUAAAGUGGAGCUGAUGUACAGUCCUGUUCCGUUGAAACCAUUUCACAGGUCCUCAUGUUUCAUUCUUGUCCCUUGAGCAAUACAUAAUUAACUAUGAACAGCGUUCAAUACAUAUAUUUUAUAUUUAAAAGUUAUUUUAUUAUAUAUAAUAUAUAUGUUUUGUGAUCUGGUUCCAAACAGUCGUGUUGAGUUAUUAAAAGAAUAUAAGCACUGUGCUGUAUUACCGUAGGGCACAUGCAAUGUUUCAACUACCUAUAAUCGGUGGCAGCCCUUCCCCUUCUCGAUUGAAUGUACAUGUUGCCAUGACAACACAGUGUGCUGCAACCAAGACACUUUUAAGAUCGUAGCUUUCUCGAGGGAGACCUUCUCGUCGGAGCCAGUUAGGGUAGCUUUGAACGCUGAUGUUGAGAGUGCCAGGAUGACAGGGCUAGCCAUACUGCAGCACUGUACUCGCCAACCGAGAUGCCAGUGAGUGAUGAAAGACGUGUCAUCAUUCGGAGAGCGAUAAGUGAAGGAGAGCACUGUUUACAGUUUAACACUGUGUUUUUACACCUUUUUUUACAAGCUGCUCUGCUCUGCCAUUUAUUAGCUUCGGAAACAAUAUUCAUACUUGCUUGGCAAGUUUGCUUAAGCUGUGCAAGUAGCAGCAAGUCUAAACUGGUCAUAUGAGCAAAAUAGAGUUGCAGUUUUAUGCUUUUACUAGACAUAUCUGUUAAGUUUAAAAAAAAAAAAAAAAAAAAAAAAAACAAAGAAGAAAAAAAGCCAGAUCAAGUUUUAAGUUAACUGUGAGGAAAAGACUGAUUAGAAAACCAGUCAGGUAGAUCUUUUGUUUAAUUUAGCUUUUACCAUUAGCCAAAUGCUAGCAUCUUUAAAGUGAUUGCUAUAAUUGACUGUGAAUAUUGCUAAGGGCAAUGCGUGUUGGCAGCAGGUCUGAGUCAACUAUGUUUUAAUUUUAUUUAUUUUGUUUAUACUGUAUUUAAAAUGUUUGUCAGCAUUGUCUUUCUGAGUUUCUUUGGUUUCAUAUUAAUGAAUUGUGUAAUCAUGUUGUCUUGACAAAGCCAGCAUACUAUAGCUGCAAAGAUUUUAUUUUGGAUUUUUCAAAAUCCCAACACCUUUCUGAACUAAUCGAGGAUGUUCAUGCCAGGGUCAGAAAUUAACGUUUCCAUUAAGGGGCAAUAUUUGCCCACUGGAACUGAUUUCCUGGGGCAUUUGUAACAUUUGUGAGCGCAAUUUUUAUAGUCACCUUAUUAUGUUGUCUUUAACUUCAAAUACUUAAAUUUACCUGAAUACUUUAAACAAUAUUUUAAAAUGUUGUCAACAAAAACAGUCAGCGUUUUCAGUGCUGACUAAUCUACGGCCUCUGGUUGGCGCGUUUUCAGCUCUGUCUAAUCUAAGCACUUUUAAAUGGCGUGUUUUCAGCGCUGACUAAUCUAAGCUUGUCUGAUUGGCUGUUUUUCUGCACUGACUAAUCUAAGCGCCUCUAAUUGGCCAACGCAUUCCUAAAUUCAACAGAAACACACUUACCAACAGCUCCAGCGUUUUCUAACUAAUCUAAGCACCUCUGAUUGGCCAACGCAUUGGCUCAACGUUGCACAAAACACCAUGUAAAAGCAAUAUGGUGCAGUGUGAGCAGAUCUAAAUGUAAUUCCACGAAUUGACACUGUUCAUUAAUUUUCACAUUGUAUUUUAAUCGCAGCAUCCGUAAUACGUUGUUUAAUAGUGCAGGGGCAUUUUUUGCCCAUUUGUCUUGAAUUUAUGGGGCAUUUUUGUUCACUUUAGUGCCAUUUUUGCCACAAGCCCUUGUUAAUUUCCAACCCUGGUUCAUGCUAUGUUUUAUGUUUUUUAGAUUAAUCAGGUUAAUCACAUAGAAUAUUUAUAAAAAUUGACCAAAAUUAAAUAAGUCAGUCCUGUAUGCCUUUGUAUAGUUCUUUAAGUAUUCAAACUGAAGGCUUUUUAAAUUUUCAGGCAGGGCUUUGUCAAGCCAGCAGCAAAGUUUGGCAAUUUCAAUUUGUUUUGAAGCACUGUAUGUUGUUAUUUACAUAUGUAUGAAUUUAUUUAAGUGCAUAUUUGACACAGAACCACGCACAGUCCAACAGGCUAAUUGUUUUUUGUGCGUGCUUGUAACUGCAUCUGAGCCAUAUUAAGCUUAUUUGUUGUAUGCUGAGCUUUUUACAAGUGGUACUAAUUAAUUGGGGUAUAUUUUGUUGUCAGUGGGCUAAACCGUAAUGUCAAGAGACUUUGGAGUACUAGAAACAUAAUGGGUUAUGAUUAUUUUAAUUUUUUUAAACACCAACUUCUGUUUGGUGAAAUCGGGAGGGCAGUAACACAAAUCUUGUCAACUCUGACCAGAAUCAUAACACUCUGCCUCACUGUCACAGAUUUUCGGAGUAAUUCUGAGUAGUUUGACAUUAACAUUUAGAAUAUUUGGCAGCUUACGUAUGUAUAUCCUUUUGACUCCAACUUUGUUGUGUAAUACGUGUCUGGAUUACUUUAUAUAUAGAUGUACCUCAUAUCUGUGUUUGUGACGUUUAGAUAGCAAUAGAGAAAUAGCUGUUCAGCAAA